AUGGAACCAAGCACAUGUGUUAAAUUGAAAGGACACCGUAAAGGUAACCAGUAUAUUUAUCGUAAUUGUUGGAAUAAUAUGUGGAUUGAUAAACGGCCAUAUGAGCGAAAGAUGUCCGAGCGGUGUUAUACUGAUGAAAUUGUACAAAACUUCGUGGCAACAACUAACAAUAAAAUAUGCUUUUGUGAAGAUGACCUUUGCAAUAAUAGCCGUGGCAUAAUGUUCUCUUUAUUCAAUGACCUCUGCUUAAUAAUCAUGUUUAUCAGAGUUUUAUAUUUGCAUUUAAGUUAA